AGCAAGUAGUACGGUUAUCCUGUACCUCUACUUCAGAGACUUUCGCACCACAACACCUGCUUACUUACGAUCACGUUAGAGAGUCAAUUUUUCAUUGUACGUUUUCAGUUGACUAGGUAUGGCUGCACGUAGCCUUCUGCGUCUAUGCACUGGACAGGUUGCGCUCCCCCUAGCCGCACGGUGCUGUACGCGGCCGUUUCUUCAUACGGUGUUGCAGCCAUCUCUCUGUCCCUAUGUACGACCCUAUAGUCGUUAUCAGUGGUUGGUACCCGGUGCGACAGCGGGUGAGGCUGCUGCCGAACCCCAAGUCAGCGUGGCACCACCCAAGCCCAAAUACAACGUCAGGCCUAUCACUAAAGGCAUCAUGUGCAGAAGAUAUAAUAAAUGGAUGGAACUAAUGCAGGAGGCUUCGCACGACGUUGAAAUCUCCUUCGCACGCUCCAGCGGUGCUGGGGGGCAAAACGUCAACAAGGUGAACACCAAGGUGGACAUGCGGUUCGACCUGGGCAAGGCGUCCUGGGUCCCAGACGAGGUCAAGGACGCCAUUCGCCAGCUGGAGAAGAACCGCUUUACAAGUGACGGCGUGCUCGUGAUGCAGUCACAGCGGUUCAGGACGCAAGCGCAGAACUUAGACGACGCGUUGGCGAAGCUUCAAGAGAUCAUCGAUCGAGCUGUCGAGCAUGUGACACCCAAGGAAGCGGACCCCGAGACCAUCAAGAGGGUCAAGGCGCAGAUUAAGGCAGGCAAGGAAAGGCGGUUGGAAGCAAAGAAGAAGGACUCGAUGCGCAAGAAGGAACGGUCCCGGCGUGAUUGGGAUUGA